AUCGCCUCGGUGCCAAAGUUCAUCUCUCGAGAAGAGCAUAUCAGCCUCACGUCGACCACGCCAGCGUCUUGGACCGACAUUCCGCCUGUUCUCCAUUUCAACGAGGAAGGUGUCAAGAUCGAAUUUGACCCUGCCUACCGCAAUCAGACCGAAAUGAAAGGGGACAUCUGGGUAACUGAAGGUUCCGUGGCUUUCAUGCCGAAAGGUACCGGUAGCACCGGGUUCUCUUUGGCUUACCCAAAAAUCACGCUCCAUGCCGUAUCGAGGAACGCAGAUGCAGGCAACUGUCUUUACUGCCAGAUCGCCGACCCGUCUGUUGAACCAGUGGCCAACGAAUCGGACGAGGACGAGGAAGAUGACGAGGAGUACGAGCCACUGAGAGAGAUGAGGAUAUAUGUCAAGGACGAUGCUGCCCUCGACCGGAUCUACAAUGCCUUCACGGAUUGUGCCAACCUGCAUCCUACCCCGAAUGAU